AUGUCAUUGUUAAGUGAUGUGGGUUUAUUGAGUUUUAUUAUUUUUUUGGUUUUAUUGCCGGUGAAUACAAGUGCGUUGACGACUUUUGGUAAAACUAGUCCACAAAAUCAAAAUCCACCCCCACCACCAACUCCAGUGGGCAAAGCGCGAGAAUGCAAAACGGAGUCAGAUUGCAACGCGAUACAAAAUACAACAUGCGUGCAAGAUCCAAAUGGUGAUAAAAAACGUUGUCUCUGCGGUGAUUUAUCGGCUCCUGUGAAUGGAUACUGUAGUUACCAAUAUAAAGCAUUACAUUCAAUGUGUAAUGACGAUAAUGAUUGCGGUGACGGCGCGGAAUGUAUACCCGAAAACACAACAUCUUCGGUAAAAAAAUGUACAUGCAAGGAAGAUUGGAUCGAAGAAAAUUUCAAGUGCAAUGGAUCAAUAACAUUUACUUCGUCAUUAUUUCUAUUAAUUUUUUCUAUCUUAAUCGUAAAACAUUGAAAUAAUUUACAAUCAACAUAAUUAUUUUUGAGGAUGUCAUUUUAUUUGAUACUGGACGAAAAAGAAGAAUUGAAUUUAUUUAUAUAUAUUUAUUAUAAUUUUCAUUAAAAUUAUUAUUUUGCUUAAAUAAAUAUCUGUUUUAUUUAAAAUAGCCUUUGCUAAAAUUUAUUUUUUACCUCAGUCCUCACCCAGAGGGUCCUAUUAUUACAAAGAAUAGAUUUUUUCAUAAUAUAGUUUUAUAAUUUUGAUAUUUCAGUAGUUUAUUACACUUUUAGUCCGGCUCGAAGGACCAAAAAGUGUGUUUUAGUAACAGAUAUCAUUUUAAAAAAAUUAGUCAUGUAUUUGUUUAUGAUAUUAUGGUCAAAAAAUGUUACUUGCCAUUUUUUGAGACUUUUUACGUUGGCUCAAAAGACCAUUAACUUUUUUUUUAACAUAGUUUUUAUAUUUGUUUAUGCUAUUGUAUUUAUAAAAUGUUAUUAUUAACUUUUUUGAGGACUUUUAAGUUGGCUCGAACGACCGAAGAAAUUUUUUGCGACUAAAGUUUUUUUUGAAAACAUAGAUUAUAUAUUUGUUUAUAUUAUUGUGGUUAUAGAAUGUUACUAUGAACUUUUUUGAGGACUUUUAAGUUGGCUCGAAAGACCAAAGAAAUUUUUUGUGACUAUAUUUUUUUUGAAAACACAGAUUAUAUAUUUGUUCAUGCUAUUGUGGUUAUAGAAUGUUAUUAUUAAAUUUUUUGAGGAUUUUUUAGUUGGCUCGAAGGACCAAGCACUAUUUUAGUGGUAAAAACUGAUUUAUUUUUGCUU